AAUAAAAAAAAUUUAUUUUUAUUAUUUUAAUUAAUGUUUUCUCAUAUUUUUACAGUGUUUUACUUUUGUCUUAUAAUACAUAACUUAAUAAGUCAAGAUCAAAUCGAUUCAAAAUCCAUUAACAGCGAUGAAAUUAAUCAAAAUAUUCUGGAUAACAUAAAUGCAUCGAACAUUGAAUCAUAUUUACGCAAUUUUAGUGAAAAGGUUCAUUUGGCAGGAACUGUAAGGCAGAAAUAUUCGGCUGAAGCUAUUUACACCGAAUGGCUCAAGUUCAAGCUCGAUACAGUCAAAAUUCAAACGUAUCAAGUCAUGUUGACCUAUCCGAAUGAGAAAAAAGACAACAAGGUUUCAUUGAUUGACAAGGGUGGUGACGUCAUAUGGGAAUUUACCGGUAUAAACAAAGAUUCGUUUCCAGAUAAAAAUGACUCAGAGUUGAUUCUUCCUUAUAAUGCCAAUUCGGCUGAUGGAAAUAUCGAGUCGGAUUUAGUUUACGUCAAUUAUGGUAGCUACGAUGAUUUUUUGUAUUUGAAAACCCGAUUAAACCUUUCAUUGUCAGGUAAAAUUGGUAUCGCCAGAUAUGGUUCCAUCUUUAGGGGAUCCAAGGUGAAAAAUGCAGAAGUAUUUAAACUUGCUGGUCUUAUCUUAUACCCCGAUCCUAUCAAUUUCGCUCUCGAAGGUAUAGAUUCAAAUGUAGUAUACCCUAAUACCUGGUGGAUGCCGGAAUCAGGUAUUCAGAUGGGAACCGUAUCUCUUUUCAGUGGAGAUCCUAUGACUUUGGGAUAUCCUUCUCUACCCUCUAUGUAUAGGGAUGUACCGCCAAAAAAUUCUCUACCUUCCAUACCAGUUUAUCCCAUAUCAUACUCAGAUGCCUGGCACCUAUUAAGUGACAUGGAUGGCAGUAUCGUUCCUAAGGAAUGGCAGGGUGGCUUAAAUUUGACUUAUCAAACUGGACCUGGAUUUAUUGAUUCAAAAUCUGAGUGGAAAGUUAAACUCGCCGUAAAUUUAAAGAGGGAGAAAAGACCAAUCUACAAUGUGAUAGGCCGUAUAAAUGGAGAUAUAGAACCUGACAGAUAUGUAAUUUUAGGUAAUCAUAGGGACGCUUGGGCAUAUGGAGGCAGUGAUCCUGUAAGUGGUACUGCUUGCUUGUUAGAGAUUUCGAGGGUGUUUGCACUGUUACAUAAAAAUGGUUGGAAUCCUAGAAGGACCAUAAUUUUUGCCAGUUGGGAUGCGGAAGAAUUUGGAUUGGUAGGAUCCACUGAAUACGUUGAGGAAAAUAUGAAAAUUCUAAAAGAGAGAGCAGUUGCCUAUAUAAACGUCGACAAUUGUGUUACAGGAAACCAUUCGGUUAGAAUAAACGCGUCCCCACUUUUAUCUAAAAUCGUGUACGAAGUUUCAAAAAUGAUACCCAAUCCUAAUAGGGCUGAAAUAGGUUUAGGCCUGAAAACGGUUUAUGACACUUGGCUAGCAAGUUCCAAGACCCUGAGUGGUAACCCUAAUAUAGGAGAGUUAGGUAGCGGGAGCGAUUUUUUCCCAUUCAUGUAUUAUGCCGGUGUGACUUCUAUGGAUAUACGUUAUGUGUAUAAUAAGGAUGAUAUGAAUAUACCGAAUUACCCUUUGUACCAUACUAGAUAUGACACUUUUUACAAUGUUCACAAACACAUAGAUCCAGAAUUUAUUUAUCACAAAGCGGUAAGUCAGUUAAUAGCUAUAUUAGUUCAUUACUUGUCUGAUUCUCAAAUCGUACCCCUAUCACCUGCCUCUUAUGAAUAUUCCCUAACGAAAUUCUAUAGAAAUAUAAUUAAAGACUUCAACUCAACCCUGGAAUUCAGUAGGAUAUGCAUGAAUGAUCUUAUGGCUGCCAUAACAUAUUUCGAUCGUAAGAUGACAAUUUUCCAAAAUAAUUCACUAUUACCCUCCUUCACCAACACCACUUCGUCAAAUACACAAAAUUAUUCGGUCAUACAGGCUCGUUCAUUGAACGAUAAAUUAAUGAUAAUUGAAAAGGGUUUCUUGGACAUAUAUGGAUUGCCCCACAAACAUUUUUAUAAAAACUUGAUAUUAGGGCCAUCUAAUACAGAUAUAAAUAGUGUGUCUGGUUUUCCAGCCUUAAAUGACUUACUUUACGCACUGCAACAAUUGUCGAAUAAUUCCGAUAUUGACUCAAAAAUUUUAGAAUUUUGGGUAGGCGAUAUCAUUACCGAUUGGAAGAGUUGUAAUAGUGGGAAUGACUAUUCAAAUGAUUUAUUGAGUUAUACGUAUCCUGAUUUGUGUAAUUUUACCGAUCCAUCCAUAGAUUUUACACCAUCUACUUCAAAUGAUCAAAAUAUUUCACAUAUAGUGAAUGGUAAAUCUAAAUGUAAAUUAUCAAGUUUCUUAGUUGAGGCAAUUAAAAAGCAUAUCGCCGUUUUAGCUUUUACGAUCAAAUCAACUGCAGAUUUCAUAGAUGAUUAAGCAUAUAUGUGUAUAUAAUUUUUGGAAAAACUAUAGGAAAGAUAUUAUAUUAUUAAAAAUGG